AUGACGCGCACUGGGUUAAGUUGUGCUGUGUUGAGGAGAAAGACUAUUGGAUUGCGGUGGCGGUCGGGUUCAGCGCAAGAGGAUGGAAAGAUUUUAAUAGGAGAAAAAGAUCCUCAUCUAAAAAUUCCCAUCAUACAUGUUGGAGGUACGAAUGGUAAAGGUUCAAUAUGUGCAUAUUUGGAUGAAAUCUUAACCAAUGCAGGUUAUAAAGUAGGUAGAUUUACAAGUCCAUAUUUAUUAAGAUUAUCAGAUUCGAUUCGAUUAAAUGGUCAAGAAGUUAAUUUAAUCGAAUUUGAAAACAUUAAAGCCAAGGUUGAAAGUUUAUCAAAGUCUGAAAAGAUUAAUGCCACUGGAUUUGAGAUCCUUACUGCAAUCGCAUUUGAAUUAUUUGCUCAUAGACCUACAAACGAAUCAGAUUUAGAUAUAGCUAUAAUUGAAGUAGGAUUAGGUGGAAUGAAUGAUGCUACCAAUGUUUGUUCUACUUCAAAUACUUUGAUCAGUGUGGUUAGUUCAAUCAGUCUUGAUCAUCAAACUUUUUUAGGUAAUACUUUAGAAGAGAUUGCAAAGGUGAAAGCUGGGAUUGCAAAGCAAGAAGUUCCAUUAGUUUUAGCCGAUCAAUCAAUUGAAGAUCCAAAUCAUUCGAUUCGUGAAAUCUUCAAGACUCAUACUCAGUCUACUGGUUCUGAUUUAUUUUUGACUAAUCCUGUUGUUCAGCAAAUUCAAUCUAAACCUUUUGGAACCCAAGCUAAAGUUAAAAAAAUCGAAAUACCUACUAAACCAGCUGAAUCAUUCCUUCAUACUUCAACUCAACUCAUACCUUUUGAUGGGCAAAACAAUUCAGGAUCGAUUCUUCUCGAAUCUCUUUCUCGUCCAUUAGCUCAUUACGAAUCUAACAACAUACAUACAACUGUCCUCUUAUGCUCUCUUCUACGAUCACAUCCACAUCCACUUAAAUUACUACCGAGUUUAAGGGGAAAACUAACGGAUCAAGUCAUCCAAACCGGUUUAGCUUCGACUCGAUGGAGAGGUAGAUUAGAAUGGACUUCUUUACCACCGGCUCAUCCUUCUGGAUCAAAAGUCUCACUUUUACUUGAUGGAGCUCAUAACCCGGCUGGAGCGAAAUGUUUAAGUCAAGUGAUCUCAUCAGAAUCUCGACCGAUCACAUUGAUCAUCGGCUUUAGUUCACCACGUGAUCCGACGGAAAUGAUUCGAUCGAUCUUAAGUAAAUUAAAUUAUCAAAUUCAUCAACCUAAGGUUUUUAUCACUCGUUUUAAAUCACCUGGAAUCGAAACUGGAAUGAGUUGGGUUAAACCAGUUGAACCUGAUCAGAUCAUGAAAUCUAUGGUUGAUUUGUCUAUACCUAUCCAAGAAGGAUUAGUAUUUGAUGAGUUAGGAAACGCUUUGAGUCAAGCUAGAGAUCAGGCACGUCAAGAUGAAUUGGUCGUUGUUUGUGGUAGUCUUUAUUUGAUUGCUGAUACGAUUAGAUGGAUUGAGAAGCAUUCAUGCCUUGAAUAG